CAGACGCACAAACCAAACACGCCUUCUCCUCCUUUGUCUCCGGUGCGUAAGAAGCGUGCGUCAGUCAGGACUCGAGCGUUUGCUUCCCUCAAAGCUCACUUUUCGAGUUUUAUCUGUCGACCAGAGCAGCCGAAACAAUAACUUCUCUUUCUAACACAAAACACCAGGAAUAGUCUUGAGUGCUUGGUACGAUGGAUUCGCGGAUUUUACUCCCUGCUCUCCUGCUCGUCUUCGGGUUGGCUACAGUUUUGGCUCAGACUGCCGCACCUGGAAUAGCGUGUGAGACAAAGAACGGGACGAGCUGUGAUGAGUGUUUGAAGAAUGUGACGUGCUUGUGGUGUAUCAAAACAAAGUCAUGUGUCACUUAUCCAGUGAGGACGAUCCUUCCUCCGCAUGCUCUCUGUCCACUGAGUGAAGCUCGCUGGGGGCUCUGCUGGAUGAAUUUCCAGGCUUUGAUAAUCACCUUGGCAGUGAUCGGUGGAAUCAUCAUCAUCGCCUUCCUCAUCUGCCUGUUCUGCUGCUGCAAGUGUGAGAACGCCGGAUCCAAAAGGUUCGAGGACAAGAUGCAGAGGCAGGCCAAUAAGACGAAAACCAAGCAGGAAGAGAGGAAAUCAGAGAUGAAACAGAGACACGAGGAAAUCAGGAAGAAAUAUGGUCUAAGUGGGCAGAAUCAAUACUCCAAAUUUGCAUGAGAGGGAUCUGUGAACUGAGAUUUUUAUGGUAACUCUUUCGCUCUCCUGACAACCUGUUUCGAGUUCAGUGUACCCGACUUCUGAGGAUUACUGCAAUAUUAGAACAAGUGAAAGUAGUUUUGUACAGUGUUUGGCUUUAUCCAGCUAAUGAAAAUGAAUGUUAUGUUCAAUGUGAUGAUCCAAGAAGAUGUAAAUAAAGGCUAGAAUCGACGCAUGUAGCAGCAGUGUUAUGUCAGAACUCAAUCGAUCCUGUGGCUCCUAAAGCAUCAAAUAUUUAUUUUAACAAGUCUAAUGUUUUCUUGUGUAGGAGAGAGACUCCACUUUGGUGACAGACAUAUUUCCCCUUGUUCUUAAAUCUCCAGAUUUCUAGAUUCAUUUUUCCUCCUGACAUGUUACUGAUUAUGAGAUGAAGCUGGAAAACUAUAUUUUGUAUUAACUUCUCUUCAAACUGACACAAUCCUUUUCUGAAACCCUUUUUUUUUCAGAGACAAUCUGUAUAGUGUAAGUGCUAUUUAUUCCACUUAAAGGAAUGCUUUUAUGGGCUACUUGGGAGUAAAUAAUUUCCUCACAGCUUCAGUCUAAAGUCAUGAUUUAAUAUUUACAGAAGUUAGUCUGCCUAUUCUACAUUUGCCUGUUUUUCAUGUGAGGAUACGUCCGCCUAAUACGAGAUGUUUGACUUCUAAAUACCUAUUCAGUGGAGUUGGUAUUUUGUUUAUAUUCUGCAUUAAAGUUUCAUGACAAAUAAAAUUAAUUGAUUUCAAAUGUAA